UGUCUAGUAAUUAGAAACAGCUUGUGGAUGAUCGGGAGGUUUCUGGAUGUAGUUGUACUUAAGUCGAGCUGACUCACUCGAGGAAUUUGCAACGUCACGUGCCAUGCAUUCUUAUGCUAGAUUAUUUUUAUUCUAAAUACUAGAACGGACUUAUUUAUAAUUUAUUUGUUCAGUAAAUAAAUUUCGUUGUUGAUUAAUUAUUUUUAUUUUGUUAAUUAAAUUAGGCUGAGGUGAAACGAACUUUGGUUUAAAUGUUAAUCAGUGUGUUGUAUAUUUAAUUGUCUAGACAUAAAGUGGAAAAUAACUUUUUGGAGACAACAAAAUUUUUGUGGCUUUUGUUAAAAAAAAUUUGGAUUUUUUUUUUAAAGAUAAAAUAAUUUUGUGGGGUUGCAGGGAAGUUAAAAGUUAACCUGUCAUCAAUUACCGAAAUUUGUUCACUAAAUCACAAUGAUCUUUUUAUCCAAUCAAUCGCCAAUAAAAUAAAAAUAAAAAAUAAUAAAUAAUAAAAAAAAGUAAAUAAUGGAUCAAGUGUCACCAUUACGAGACCCAAAUGGUUACAUUGAUGGUAAUUUAGAAUUUGAAUUAGAAAAUGACAAAAUGGAAAAUGGCCACAAAAAUCGUGUAUUAAGGAGAACAAGAAGUCUCAACGCUCCGAGUCCAAUUCAACAAUUUGGGCCAUGUGGUCGAAUAAUGAAGAACUCCGCGAUGGUCAUGACAAUACAAGACCCAGCAUCACAGAGAUUAACAUGGUACAAACCACCACUGACUGUUUUGGUGAUUAAAAAAGUCCGAGAUUCGUCGGUACUCCCACCGUUUGUCCAAUUAGUCACGUGGUUAAUUGAGGAAAAACGCAUGGUAGUAUUUGUAGAAGCGUCAGUGCUGGAAGACCUAGCCCUAACACGUGACCCACGAUUUCAGGGCGUACGUGAUCGAUUACAAACAUUUCGUGACGGCACUGAUGAUUUACAAGAUCGAAUUGAUUUUAUAGUUUGUCUUGGCGGUGACGGUACACUUUUGUAUGCUAGUUUACUGUUCCAACAGUCAGUCCCACCAGUAAUGGCUUUUCACCUUGGAUCACUGGGUUUCCUCACGCCGUUUGAGUUUGACAACUUCCAAGAACAGGUCACGAACGUACUUGAAGGUCACGCUGCCCUGACACUGAGAAGCCGCCUGCGAUGUAUAAUAAUGCGGAAGGGAGAAGAUGGGCAGCCGUCGAAGCCGCCUACGAACCUGCUGGUUCUCAACGAGGUCGUGAUAGACCGCGGACCCUCGCCUUAUUUGUCAAACAUCGAUCUAUUCAUCGACGGCAAGCACGUGACCAAUGUCCAGGGUGACGGCUUGAUAGUCAGCACACCCACAGGUUCCACAGCUUACGCAGUAGCCGCGGGCGCGAGCAUGAUCCAUCCCUCAGUACCUGCCAUUAUGAUAACGCCGAUUUGUCCUCAUUCGUUGUCAUUCCGACCCAUUGUCGUGCCCGCUGGUGUUGAACUCAAAAUUUCGGUGUCACCUGACAGUAGAAAUACCUCAUGGGUUUCAUUUGAUGGAAGAAAUCGCCAAGAACUUUUCCACGGUGAUAGUUUGAGAGUAACGACAUCAAUAUAUCCAGUCCCAAGUAUCUGUGCAUCGGAUCAAAUAACCGAUUGGUUCGACUCACUCGCCGAAUGCUUACACUGGAACGUAAGAAAGCGCCAAAAACAUCUAGACGAAUUAAGUGAUUUGACUCACUCGUCUAGCAACGAUACGCUAGACUCUCUCGACCGUGAUAGUUAAAAAAAAAAUUAAAUUUAUUUAAUUAAUUAAUUAAUCAGUUCAUUAAUUCAUUUAUUAUUUAAUUAUUAAUCAAUAAAUAGAAUCAGUAGAUCAAUUAACAAAAUUAUUCUCCAUAUUCUUUCACUCUUUCAUUUCAUUUUAAUUUUAAAAAAUAAUUUUAUCGUUUUUUUUUAUCAACAUUCUAAAGAACAAAAAAAUUAUCGGAUCAAAAGAAGCGACCAAUUAAUUAAAAUUUUUCUAUUAUUUUUAAUUGACAAUCAUUUGAAAAAAAAUCAUUUUUUUAUCUUAAAUAAUUAAUUAAUUUUUAAUUAUACUGUAACUAAUUAAUUAGCGUACGCUAAAGUCUUGUAAUAUUUUUUUUUUAAUUUUAAUUUUUUUAGUGUAAAAAAUUCGAUUGUUUUUUUUUUUAUGGGUGAAUGUUUUAUUUUAAACUUCUUUGUACUUGUAUUUUUACUUAAUAUUUAUUUAUUAUUAUUAUUAUUAUUAUUAUUAUUAUUUUAUUAUUGUUGUAGUGUAAAAAAAAUGAUUUAUUAAAUUUUCAAAAUUUUGUAAUAAAAAAAAUUAAAUAAAAUAUAAGAGCAUUUUUAAAA